AUGAAGCAACAACAUUACUUGGUCGUCUUCUUCGUUUUCCUCAUGUUUGUGAAUAUGAGUGAAGGAAGAUCAGGAAGAGGAGUUGCAGAGGAAUAUUGGAAGAAGAUGAUGAAGAAUGAGCCAUUACCUGAGCCAAUCAAAGAGCUUCUCAAUAAUCCAUUUAGGACAGCUCAAGAGAAAUUCAUUACGAAUUUCGAUACCAAAUCUGUCGUAAUCAUCUACCAUACUCCGCUCGAAUAA